CUGUUUUCUUAAACACCCUCUUUUCUUUUAACAAAAUGGAUAUUGGUCAAACAAAGAACCCUUUUUCGAGAGACAGCAGCAAAGACACCAAGAAUCCCAGUGAUACGGGAUCCGGUUUAUUCAAAGCGGGCGACUAUGACACCAAGAAAUCUGGUACAACGCACAACGCCGAACAAGGCUCCUUGAUAGGCCAGACGGGCGAAUCCAUGAAGCAAGGUGCCAAACAUGUGGGUGACAAACUUUCUGGUAAACAGUGAGCCCGUAUGCAAAAAAAAAAAACCUACUUUCCUUUCAACAAAAUCUAUUUCACCCUCCAAUUCGCUGUUGUUCAUUCUUCGUUUAUGCAAUCCACAAUUAUUUUCAUCAUUUGCAAUAAAUACUACGCAAUCCUUUCAAAGUUACA